GAGUGCGUGCGCCGACACAUCGAGAAAGCGACCACGCCAACCACCCCUUUUCCUCUCACUCUCCCUUCCCUUCUCCCCGACGCCAACCACAUCGGGGGGGAGUGUCUCGCACUCUCGUCUCGUCUCACCCACCGCCCCAAAUCUCGCCGCCUCCAUUUCUCCCCAGAUCCAACUCCGACCAUGUCAUCCUCCGACCAGGACGACCACGACGAGGACGCCCCGCUCUUCCGCGCCAGCUCCGGCGACGACGACGACCACCCGCACCCGCGCCGCCGCUCCUCCCCGGUCGGCGAGGUCCCCGUCGCGCAGUCGAUCAUCAAGGCGGCGAGCAACGUCUGCUUCUCGCUCUUCGUCCUCGCCGUCCUCGUCGUCACCGUCGUCGCCGUCACCUACCAGCCGCCCGACCCCUGGCUCCAGUCCUCCGCCGCCAUCACCACCUCCCUCUCCCGCGUCCUCCCCAACUCCACCUUCCUCCUCCCCGACGACUCCCUCCUCCCCACCGGCGAGGACUUCAACUCCUCCUCCUCGACCCCCUCCGCCCCGCGCCGCGACGACCCAGACCAGGCCACCGCCACCGCCACCGCCGCCGCGGUUAACGGCACCUGCGACCCGGACGCGCCGCUCAACUGCUCCGACCCACGCGUCCUCGCCGCCGUCAAGGCGUUCAAUGCCAAGGCCUUCUUCCGCAAGUCCAUCGUCUUCCUCAGCUACGAGGCGCCGGUGCCGGGACCCAAGCCCGGGGAGUGCGACGUCGCCUGGCGGUUCAGGAACCGGAGGGAGAAAUCUUGGCGCAGGUACAGGGACUACCGCCGCUUCGUCCUUGUCCCCGGCGAUGGAUGCGCUCUCGACAUUAACCGCGUCGGCAAGUUCCGAUCCGGGACCAAUGCGGCUCGCCCGCCUCGUCAGAAGGGUUCCAAGAACCGGAACCCGCGCGUCGCGCCGCCGCCAGUGGACGCUGAGAUCAACGACACCAUCCCAAUUGUUGGUUCAGAGGCAGAGUUCAGGAGAGGCAAGUACUUGUACUACAUGAGAGGUGGUGACCAUUGCAAGAGCAUGAACCAGUUCAUAUGGAGCUUCUUGUGUGGCCUUGGUGAGGCCAAGUUCUUGAACCGGACUUUCGUGAUGGAUUUGAACAUGUGUCUGUCCGGGGCGCACACGAACAAUGGGAAGGAUGAGGAUGGGAAGGAUUUUAGGUACUAUUUUGAUUUCGAGCACUUGAAGGAGUCGGUGUCUGUGGUGGAGGAAGGGGACUUCUUGAAAGAUUGGAAGCGCUGGGACAAGAAGAAGGGUCCUGGCCGGAUCUCGGUGCGGAAGGUACCGUCGUACAAGGUGACUCCAAUGCAGCUUAAGAGGGACAAGAGCAACAUCAUUUGGAGGCUGUUUGAUGGGCAGGAGCCUGAGAAUUACUGGUACAGGGUGUGUGAGGGGCGAGCCGCUAAGGUCAUCCAGCGGCCUUGGUAUGCUAUUUGGAAGUCGAAGAGGCUGAUGAACAUUGUCACUGAGAUUGCUGGUAGGAUGGACUGGGAUUAUGAUGGUCUGCAUGUCAUCCGAGGGUGGAAGGCACAGAACAAGCAAAUGUAUCCAAACCUAGAUGCCGAUACAUCACCCGAGGCACUUGUAGAUAAGGUUCCAAAACUUAUUAAGCAGCCGAUGAGAAACCUCUACAUUGCGACCAAUGAGCCGUUCUAUAACUACUUUGAUAAGCUCAGGUCAUACUUUCAUGUGCACUUGCUUGAUGAUUACAAGGAGCUUUGGUCGAAUACAAGUGAGUGGUACAAUGAAACGACAACGCUAAGUGGUGGGAGGCCAGUGCCGUUCGAUGCAUAUAUGAGGGUGAUUGUGGACACAGAGGUAUUCUAUAGAGCAAAGACUCAAGUUGAAACUUUCAACAACUUGACGAGGGAUUGCAAGGAUGGAAUCAAUACAUGCAACUUGUGACACAUGAGUUCGUGUUGUGAUAAUUAGCGAUGUCCAUAUACUCUUCCUUGGCUGGCGCAUUGGAAUUCAGAGGAACUUCAUCCAGGGUUUGUCAUUAGGCAUAUCAUCUUAAUGUAUUUCCUGCCGUACCAUGUUCAAUUCAUUACACGUUGAUCUGGAUUAUGUGCCAUCCAUUCUUUUUGUGUAAUUUAUGUAUUACUCUUGAGAAGUUUCUUGUAACUUGUUACUGGCCCCUUCGCAAAAUGUUGCCAUCUUUAUUCCCUUGGAGUUAGCCGGGAACAUCUGUUUUGCCACUUAUCUGCUAUUAUACAUGUAUUUCUCAUGCCAAAUGUUUUCAAGUAAGAAAUGCAGUCGUAAUUAAACUUGAGCA